AUGACGACGACCGACUUUGUCCCGGAGCUCAACGCCACAACGGUCACGCCACCAUCUGUUGAGGAUUUUUUAACGGAAUACGCAUCGGACUCUGUUGAUUUUGUCUUCGAUCCUCGAUACUAUGAAACCGUGGACCGUGACAGUGGCACUGACGCCGAGCGAGCCAAAAUGGCCCGAGACAUGGAACUUUUCUCGGACAUAUUGGACGGCAUUGGUGAUAGUUCCGACACUCCUACUAGUGUUGUAGGAGAAGAGAACCUGCCGAACUUGAAGAGGAGGAGGUCGAUUAGCACCGGGGGUUUUGACGAGGGUGAAUGGGAGAAUGUCGUGAAUGACAACAGGCCGAUCAAAAAGUUGAAGGAGAACAAGCUGGAGGAGAACGAUGCCACAUUAUCGAACGGGUUUUUCUUCAGCGCUGAAGACAUUCCACAAGAGAACUCCGGCCCAACAGCUUUCGACGAACCUGUAGUUUGCCUCGACCCACUGUGCGGUGUCAACCAAUCGGCUCCCCACUUCCACCCCUUGAUGUUCGACCCGUCUCAGUUUACGAUGCCCGCUAUGGGUUAUCAGCCCCUACGUCAAUAUUCGACGAAUAACUUUCGUCCACCCUCGCCCGAUUCGGACUUCGCAACACAACGGGUGACCGUUCCGGCUGUUCACCGCCCGAUUUCGAGCGCAUCCGCUCCGGAAUUCCCUCCAAUGUCCUUGCAAGGAUACUCAGCCUCACCGCCACCUUGCCAAAGGGUGCCUGUCACACCUAACCUUCCAGGACCCUCAAGACUCCCUCCAAUUUCCGGAGUUCCUUCCACUCCUUCUCAGGAUCAGAACCUCCCUGUCACCAUCUCGAACGGAGAGUUGUCCUGGGCACAUCCCCCCGCCUCACCCAUGUUUGAAACUACCUUUCUUCUCUAUCAACCCCCGAGCCCAAACCAAAGCCUUAAUCAAAGACCACGGGCGUUAUUUGUCCCUGUCAUUACGUCGCCAGAUUCAACUUCCACAACCACUGGCAGCGUCCCUAUGAUCCUUCCAGCACACGGACCAUCGAGCCCCGCCUCGUCAAGUGCGACUCCAAGCAGCUAUGACUCUUCCCAGUACACGAAUCUCUCCUUUUCCUCGAGCAUUACCAGUGAUGGCGCAUCUACAACCCAACAACCCGCCCCCGCUGCCCCCGCUCCAAAAACCUCUGCUGCCAGAUCCGCAAGUCAGAAAAGACGGCUAGAGAAGAUUCCUUGCGGAUUCUGUGGAAGGAUGAUAACAAGAAAGGGGAUGUCUGUACACCAUGGGACGAGAAAUUGUCAGGCUGUUCAAAAGCGUCUCGCUACCAGCGGUGGUUCCCCCACCGUCUUGACCGGGAAUUGA